CGGGGCUGUCCCACCCCUACGCUGUUACAACUGUAAUCAGCCAGGCCACCUUGCGAAAGAUUGUCCGAAACCCCGAACUCAGGGCGGGCCCACCGGACCUUCCUAAAUCCCGCUGGCUGCUCCCACCGCUGCAGGACAGGGGAGGGUAGCCACGGUAAUGGACAUAGGAACGACGGAGAUGGUGACCCCGGCGGCCACUGAGAUAGGACCCGAUGAGUAUAUGGCGGCAACAAUGUUCGAACCCGGGACCAUCGGAGUGAUACGUCACGUCCAACGGAUUACCAAGGAAAGCGACCUCGGGCCGUGGCGACCAGGAUUCGAGGAUCUUGCGGUACCUGGUCCUGAAUACAAGGAUGGCCAUAUCGACGUAUUGGAUGCCUUGAAGGCUCUGGAUCUUCGGAUCCCCGUCCCUAUUCCAUAUCUGCUAACCAUUUCCGAAGCGGCUAACGAAAAGUUGAUCGAACGGUGCCUCAAGAACAGGCGCCGAUUCGAGAAAAGUCGAAAGGGCAAAAAGCCGGUCCUACGGGACCCACCCACUAACGAGGAGUCACAGCCCUCGAUCUCAGAGGUGCACGAAGCCAACCGGAUAGGGAUGAUCCAAACCGUAGAUUCUGCCUCGGAAAAACCCGAGAAAUUGAAUGCCAUCACUACCAAAGAUGUGUAUCCCUUGCCGCGAAUCGAUGAUUUGUUAGAUGCUAUUGGGGCCGCUCGAGUCUUUUCCAAGUUCGAUAUCCGACACGGUUUUCACCACGUCGCAGUCCGACCGGAGGACCGACCCAAAACCGCCUUUGUCUUGUUUGAGGGCACGUGGCAAUGGGUCCGGUGUCCCAUGGGAAUUUGUAACGCCCCUGCAACGUUUCAGCGGGCCAUGAAUAUGGCCUUCGCUGAGUUCGUUAACAAAACCCGACUAACCCAGCCCCUGAUCAAUUUCUGCGUGAUUGUGUACAUGGAUGAUAUUUUGGUCUUUUCAAAAACACACGAGUACCACGUGGAAUACAUUGAGUGGGUUUUGCAUGCACUGAAAGAUGCGGGGUUCAAAGUGGCCUUGGAGAAAAGCGAGUUCUUCUUGUCGAAGAUCUCAUUCUUGGGGUAUAUCGUCACGGUCGACGGACUAAAACCGGAUCCGAGGAAGGUGGCAGCAGUUCAAGACGCCCCGGCGCCAGUCACACUCACCCAGGUUCGGGCUUUUCUAGGGCUGGCAUCCUAUUACCGACGCUUCAUCAAGGGGUUCGGCGGCAUAGCGAAACCCCUCACAAACCUGCUGAAGAAAGAGGAACAGCUGAUCUGGACGCCGGAAUGCGAAGCGGCGUUUCAGGCGUUGAAGGAGGCUCUGACAUCUGCUCCUGUGUUGGCGCUCCCCGACUCGACAAGACCGUUCGCACUGUACACAAACUGGCAGCCUCGGGCGAUAUCGGCGGUGCUGACUCAGCACGGCAAGGAUGGAAGGGAGCACGUCAUUGAGUAUGCGUCCAAGACGCUGAGCCAGGCGCAGGCUAAUUACGAAGCAUGCAAAGGUGAAUGCCUGGCGGUGGUGUGGGGGAUUCAACAUUUCCGACCGUAUCUAUACGGCCAGAAAUUCGUGCUGGUAACGGAUCAUCAGCCGCUGCUGUCCCUACGCAACAACACGGACUACACGGGGACGCUGGGCAGGUGGGCGGCGCGUCUGCAAGACUAUGACUUCGACAUCCGCCACCGUGCCACGCGGCAGCAUGGUAACGCCGAUGGAUUAACGCGCCUUCUGCCGCCCAACAAGUGUCCCGCCAACGAGCGACUCAUUCCGUGGAGGCCAGAAGUCGGGGCGACGAAACCGCACUACGGGGAGCUACACGUGCUGCGCGACUCGUUGUCAGAACUUACCAAAGCCGAACGGCGGAGAGUCACGGAGCAGGCGCAGGACUAUCGCUGGCAGGGCCCGACGUUACAAAAACGGAAGGUCGAUGACGACGGAGAGUCUAGCUGGUUGACGGUUCCACACCCUCUUGCUAGGUUCGAUUGGACACGAGCCGCUCAUGAGGAGGAUGCGGUCCAUUUCGCGGUCAAGUGCACGGAAAAAGCCAUCGAAAAGAACGCAUGGUACUGGUCCGGAAUUCGGGAAGAUGUGAAAUACAUCGUUCAGAAUUGCCCAGCCUGCGCGGCGGACAAGGCGCCGGUACAGAUGCCUCGGGCGAUGGUGCCCACUCGUGUAGAGCGCCCCUUUCAAAGGGUUAGCAUCGAUACGACGGAUAUCAACGUUCCGAGAGGGCCCGUCGAUCAGGGAGAACUCAAUGUUCUUUUAGUGGCCAUCGAUCAUUUUUCAAAAUGGAUCGAGGCGUACCCUAUGACCAGCCGGAAUUCGCAGGAAGUAGCCUGGUACGUAAAUCGAUUUUUGUGCAUGCAUCUAGACGUAGAAGAGGUACACAUGGACAAUGGGUCGAAAUUUCAAGGCGAAGUAGAACGUCACCUAGUCAGGGCGGACGUUAACAUUAUCUACUCGUCGGGGCGUUCGCCUCAAGCCAAUGGCCUGGUAGAGAAUGCCAACCGACUGAUUAAGACGGCCCUUAGACGGAAUAUCACUGCGGGAGACACCCGACCCUGGUCAAUCAUUGUUGAUCACAUUUUGACCCUAACUGACGUGGAGCCGCUGCCCUUCGCCGACGAAGACACGUGGGAGUUGCACCGUGCGCUAUACAAGUCGGUGGCGCUGGGGAUGUUCCGGUUCUUCGUGGAUCACAAAGACCACGCUAUCGGGGAGCACUUCGUCGUUUACUACAUCAUCGCGCGGCCCAAGCCAGGCGAGAAGGAAGGGACGGUGGCGCUAUACCCCUUCGCCCAGCUCCAGACAAUCGAUCCGGGAUUGUUGGAGCUCAUAUAUCUUGAGCUCCUCUCCAUUGCGCAAGUAAUCGCGAGCGAGGAGGAGGAGAUCCAACCACGAUUGCGGACGGCGACGGCCCCGCGAAGAACGUACAACGAUGUCGUCAUUCCGGAUUACAUUGCGCAGCGCGCGGAGAGAUUGGAGGACUUCCCGGAGGAAAGGUCGUUGCCUCCCUCGUCGUAUCCUCGACCAGCGCCACCGAAGGCCCCCAAGAAGACGCCGAAGAGGAAGAGACGCCACCCGUCACCAGGAUCGCAAGGCAGCAGGAUCGGCGGCGGCGAGGAGGUGAGUCAGCCCGCGCGUACGCGGAUUCCUGACCCUGUGCCGGGGAGUGUGGCGACGCUCGUUAAGGAGACUAUCGUGCCAUCGCCGCCCAUUCCGCGUGUGCCCGAUCUCAAUCUUGAUGGAGUUGGGCCAUCAUCAACAGCAGCAGCCGGAGGAGGAAGCCGAAUGGGAUUUCCCGAUCCCAUAUCCAGACCCCCCCGGCCUCAUGGGACCUCUCUGUCCUCGCCAGCCACCCCGGGCGGCGCCCAAAUGGACGAGGAUGGGUGGGGAAGACCAAGUGGAAGCGACGACAAUGACAUCUUCACGACCGCCACUCCUGACGUUUCGCCGCCGCCCAUGUCGUCCAACGUUCGUGCACGCGUUGCGGGAUCAGCGGCGCAGGCAAGAACAAGGGACGAGCGGAUCAUCAACGUCGGAAUAAACGAAGACGCGCGGGUGGAGGUGGGCGAAGGCGGUGUGGUAGUCACGUGUGGCGCAACAACGCAAGCAAGGAAUCGCACGGUGGUGGCAAUCGGGGGAGCGACGCCCAAGCAGCCAGUCUCACUGCCGACGACGCCGCGUCAGCAACGCACAGGCGACAAUGCCGGAUCUUGUGUCGCGGCCGCGGCUGGCGAGGCAGUGGAAGUGCCGCAAGCCCAACACACAAGGGCGGACGUGGGAGUUGAGGCGGAAACACCAAAGGGGACGGUGGGGGAAGGGCGCAGGGGGGAGGACGUGGCCCGCGCAUUGGAGGUUGCACGUGCGAAGAAAAGAAAGAUGGAGGCGGCAGUGAUGAUGCCUCCACGAUGCCGCGACAAUGACGAUGAUGGUGGUGGCAACGAUGAUGAUGAUGAUGACGUUCACGAUGAUGAUGAUAAUGAUGUUGAUGAUGAUGAUGAUGAUGAUGAUGAUGACGACGAUGAUGAUGAUGAUGAUGAUGAUGAUGAUGAUGAUGAUGAUAAUCACCAUGAUGUCACUGAAGAUGAUGACGAUGAUGACGAUGAUGAUGAUGACGAUGAUGACGACGCGGCGACGACGAAGACGCUGCCAGAGGCCCUACUCUCACCCGUGAUUCGUUGGCGUUCAGCGACAUUUUAGUGUCUCAUUUUUGAAAGACCUUGCAAGGCUUGUCGUCUCCACAAUGAGUGAAUGUUGUCAUCUCUGCAAUCGAUCCCAUAUCAUCAAAAUGCAUGCCAAUAUUUUUAAAUUCAACACGACAAAGGGCAACGGCGAAAUAAAUGAACCUUUGCAUU